AUGAGAGCCAGUACACAUACAGUUCAUUGUCAUGCAAGAAAGAAGCUUGAUCAUAUUAUGAUUGUCUUUCUGGGACUGGAAAUGUUUAGAGCCUUGUGGCAAAUGUGGGGUUCCUUUGACAACGGCUGGCCAACCACUAUUCAACAACAACUUUUGCCAACUGUCUACGUCAAUUGCAUCCUUAGCGCUCUUUUGGUGUCCACGUCAAUCUCUACUACAUACUUUCUGUACAAAGAACAUCUAAGAUAUUUGAUGGUCAACUGGUGGAUCUUUUACACUCUCACGGUCUGCAGCUUCCUCAACAGUUGCGGGAACUUGGCGCUUCACUGCGUAAUGAAGGAUCGGUUUUUUCAAGCUUGCACAUCGGAGGAGCAUGCUGCGAUGAAAUGGGAUUGCGAAGACUGCGAUAAACCAGCGCUCUGUGUGCGUCAAUGGGAAGAAACCUUGAUUUGGAAUAGUCUGACGCUGAUACUGGACUUGGCUAUUAAUAUGGGAUUUGCCUAUGCUGUAUUUCGUUGCCGAACAAACCAUACGCGAUUCACCAUGACCAACAGCGCAUCGACGUCCCAAGUACAGCCUAUCGGUGGGCACGGAGCGAAUUCGCGACCAAAAAUCCAGGUGGACGAAGAUGGAUUUCAAAUUAUUGAAUUGAAAUGA